CCUUCCCUUGUCCAAGAUUAGUGUUCAAAACAUCAAUGGACGAUUAUAAAGCCUUCAACCAGUCAAUGGACGAUUUCAAAAGCCUUUAAUCUUUGUGCUUUUGUCCUCUGUGCCAUGAUUCCCUCGGGGAAAGUGUUGCUUAGUGCGUUUGAAGGUGCCAUUUGUUUGGACAAAUUCCCUCAAUGGUGCUGCAAAACUUCAACUUAAAACUUAUGUCUUGAAAGCAAAUAGUUUCGUUUUAGUUUAUGUUCGAAAUUUUCUUUGAACUUUGAAAAAUGACUGUUGGAGUAGCAGAUUUGUUAGACAUGGCAAUUAGCCCUGAAAUUGGGCCCGUGAACUUUUUCCAUCUGCGAAACCUUCUACACACGUUUGUGGAGCAUUUUGGAAUAUCGGACGUUGAAGCUCAGCAAGCCGAGGUCGUUGCUCCUGGUGGGUAUGAGUCGGAAUCUACCGAAGAAGGGAGCUCAGAGGAGUCGGAAAGCGAAGAAGARAGCGAUGAUGAACAGACAGAACCCGAAAUUCAAAUCAUUGAAGAAGAGGUCCAGAAGACAAUCGUGGACGAGGACGGCAAUGAAAAAACCGUGACAGUAACAGUACAAAAGGAAGUUAUCAAGGAACCUAGCGAAAAAAAGAAAGAUGGAGAAUCUAAGAAGAAAAAUAAAGAYAAAGGKGCAGAUAAAACAGAUAAAUCCGAGAAAAAAGAUAAAAAACACCGAAGCGAUAAGUCAAAAUCAAAGUCAGAAAAAGACGUUGACGAAAAGGAAGGAAAGAARCAAAGCUCAAAARGCCGCGAGAAAAACGCUUACGGUUCUUCGUCCGCUUAUGGAAAAGAUGCUUACGGUAAAACGGCAGARAAGAAAAAGCUAACGGCGGAUACUAUUGGAGAWAUGCCCGAGGUAAUUAACUUAACACGAAGACUUGAUGCYGUGGAAAAUGGACUCAAAGGACUUCGUAACAUAGUCGAUUCCAUGGUAAACCAAGUUGAUUUUGGUGAUGGUGUUGGUGAUAUCCUYAAAGCGCARCUUGAYCAAGUUCAACAGCARAUGAACAAAGUCGAACUCGUCAAGAAGGAAGAGCCAAAAGACAAGAAGAAAAAGAAAGGAAAGAAAGGUCAGACUGAUGAAGUACCGCAGAGUGGCAUUAUAACAGAAGGAGGGGGUGGUGUAACAGGAGGAGAGGGUGUGGUGGGAGGGCAGGGAACUGCCCCUGGUGUAAUAGCCGCACCUGGAGCGCCUGCUGAGAACAGCAUCCCAGGUGUGAUUCCUCCUCCCACUCAGCGACCAGCUGCAGACACCGGCAGGARGACAAUGUCGCGUAAGGAGAGUCGYAAAGGAGGAGUUGCUCUCAAAGGGGCUGCAAACAAUGCCGCUGACACCCAGGARGAUGAAAAACCUCCCUURAAGAAGCGCACAACUCUAAAAGAUUUACAGCUUAGAAAGAAAGCACGUGCUGAAGGCGUGACUGUUGAGGAGAUCGAAGCUCGUGAGGCUGCAAAGGAAACUAAAAAAGACAGCAAGAARGAUAACAAAAAGGAACAAAACGAAAAUGAUAAUGACAACAAGAACAAAGAAGACGGAGACGAAAAGAAGGAUUCSGACGCAGAYGAGACMAGUUCAAUGGAGUCACUCGACUCUGCAGAAGAAGCGGCCGCAAUGGAAGARAUGAUCAUGGAAGAAAUCGAAGCUGCGCUUGAGAAUGCUGCAGACGAUCCUGAGGCCCAGGCCUACGCGCUUAGACUGAGUAUUGAACAGAUGAACAACAUGAAGAAGACUCUUACCCAGUCUCAAGACGAGUUCCGUAAAGAAAUGAACAAGAAUAAAUCUGCUAUAUCACAGAUUGCUAGAGAGUUGUCCUUGUUUAGAGCUGCAAGAAAAGCCCAGGAUGCCGAGGGUUUCAACGCCGUCCAUCACGUUCAUAGCAUGGUCCUUGAAUUACAAAACAAGCACGAAAARAUGAUGUCUACAACUUCAGAACUCGUGAAUGAGUAUAACAGAAGAGAGAAGACCUUUGAUGACUUAAUGAACAACGUCGAUUUACUCCAGCAAAACAAAGCUGACAAACAAGAYGUCAAUCAAGAGAUUAAUGUCAAAGCAGACAAGAUGGAACUGGAGAGCAAAGUCAGUAUGAACCAGUUUGAUGAAGGGUUUAAUUUACUUGAUCGUGGRCUUAGUGAAGCGCUGGAAAAAAUGGACAACCAGAUGUCGAUUGAGGAUGCAUUAAAGAGUACUAUCAACGAUCUCCAAUCGAAACUUUCACUUAAGUUGGAUCGAAAUGACCUGGAUAGCUUACGAGCUCAGCUUGAAUCGCGAAUCAAAGAGAUUCAAGUUAUCAAGACGGUGGUCAAGGAAAAGCCUGAGGAUGGUGAACCUGCAGGCUUUCGACGGAACGUAACCGAAAAGGUUCAUUGUAUAUCAUGUGAUCGUCCAUUGGAGGUGUCCAAACCAACAAAUCCCAAUCCUAACAUGCCAAAGAUACAAGGCCUUCCAAGCCACAAGUCUGCAAAACCCUACACAACCUACGAACUUGAACAAAUCCGUCAACAUCAGAAGAUGAAUACAGGCUUACGUAAAGCGACCAUUAACGCGGAUUUACCGUAUUCUACGCAGAAAUUACGCAACGAAGUCGUAGCCAUGACGGGAAUGGUUGAUAUGGUGGACUUACCGCCCUCUCAACGGUACUGCGGUGGCAGCCAUACCAUCAUGCACCCGUUCCGUCGAUCCGUUAAGUCUACGUCAUCACACUUUAACCAAUACAUCAUGGUAAGGGAUGAUGCGGAAUCUAACGUAGCCCUACCCCGACGGGAUUUUAUUGUACCGAAGGAUUCUAAUCUGAAAAGAUACAUGAAGCCAAAGUUGCCUGCUAUUGGUCAAGCAAACACUCGAGAACCGUCUCCUCCGCUUAGUUAUGACCCGUAUGUGGAGCGACCUUCCAGUGCGCCAGCCACGCCCGUUCCCAUCAUGCUCCAGCGAGAUCGUAGCCUCACAUCACCCGCCAAGGGAGUUCAAUUCGAACAAUCAGUGCAACCAAUGGAGUCCGAAGGUGACAGGUCUCCUAUCGAAGUCGAAAAAAUAGCGGUCACGCUACCAUCGCCAGUUGAGGAAUCAUGACAUAUUAGAAUGUUUAAUAGAUCGGCGUAAAUAAAAUUUAGUGUGUUGCGUGACGAGUUAGUUUGUCACGUUAUCAAAUAAAAGAAAACAUAAAGAGUGAAUAGUGGUCACGCUACCAUCCCUUAUUUAAGAAACGAGUUCUAGUGUAAUGUAAAUAAAAUGCUGUAAAUAAAAUCUAGUUUAUUCCGUGAUGUGGUAGUUUCAACUUCGUACCCAGGACCUUAUCCCAAACGAAGGGAGGGUGAAUAGAGGAGUAGUU